AUGCCACGCCUCGAAGUCCGCGUAGGCUCAGACCGCUUCCACACAGAAGUAGCCUGGGUCAACCACACCUCGCGCCCAACCGAGAUCGACACGCCCCUCUUCGCUGGGCGAGUACUCGUCCUCGUUCGCAACUUUGACGGCGUGACACCUGACGGGUCGCCGCCGAAACGCGAUGCAAAGUACUUUGAGGGACGCAGCAGGAAGUUUGCGAUUCUGAUCGAGGGGCGGUUCAAGCAGAGGGAGGGCGUACCGCUUUAUACAGGCGACGAGGUCCAGUUCGGCAGCGACUUUGACUACCUGCCUGCGUCCUUUCCCAUGGGCCCUUUCAAUCUCGGCAUGAAGAUCUCGCACGCGAUAGACCCCGCUACUUACUACGAAUUCAAGCCUCCGCACGGACGGCCGUAUAUCAUGUCCCCUUACACAGCUUGCAUGAACACCUUCUGCGCCUACCCCUCGCCCUCCGCCCUCUCCCGCGCAGUCGUCCUGUCCCACCACUCCAGCACCGACCCACACGAAGACGGCCAAGAGCGAGGGUCGUUUAUACCGACCGAGGAGGUGAACCAGAAGAGGAAGUGGGUUGAGAGGCCGCAUUGGAGUUUCCUCGGGUUGAAAGGAGACCCGCGAGUAGAUGCAUUCCUCGCUUCGCACUCGCACCUCCUCCCUCCCUCCGGAACCGCCACGCCCUCUUCGAACGGUAACGCCUCCCACCUCGCCCCUCCCUCGCGCCCAAACCUCAACCAGCAACCCUCCUCUCUCGCACUCGGUACGCGUCCCAAGUCCGCGUCAGACGAAGGAGGCGAGACCGAGACGCCCGUCAGGUCCGAAUCGCCCUCCCCGACCGAUGGAACUAACGGCGCCGAAGCGAUCUGGGGCGCACCCGUCUUCGCCCAACACGACUCGCAACACGCGUCCGGCUCGUCCACUCCCUCCGCUGACAGCCCCGCUUCCGCGACCUCGAAGAAGAAGAAGAGCGGCUCAAGGUUCUCGCUCUCGUCGCUCAUGGGCGCUUUGGACGUCUCCGGUUCUGGCUCGUCGACGCCCAAAAAUGAUCAAGAACACGAUCACUUGCUGAUGGCGGACCAGCUGGCGUCGCCUGUUGAGGGCAGAAAGAGGGCGCAGAGCGUUGGGGUGCAGUACAAGCCGAAGGCGGAGGUGCAAGAGGCGCUGGGGGAAUGGAGGUUCGCAGACGAGGAGAUCGAUGUGACCGAGGACACCAGCUUUGUCUUCCUCGACCCGGACCACCCGCGCUCGAUCGCCCAGCGUCGGAAGCACUUCUGUGUCGACAACGGCAAGCACAGGAAGGAGUUUACGUAUGACCCCGACAUUAUCUACACCGCAUCCUUCUUCGUACCCUACUUCGACUUCAACACCUUCGACCUCAAGCUCGGCCCAAUCGGCAUGAACGUCGGUUCCUACUUCAAAGACAUGCCCGUGCGGUACACGCUGCGCUCUACGCGGAUGGCACCCCGGCCGGAUGGGAAGGAAGGGCCGAUGGAAGAGGAGGUGUUUGCGACGAUUUCGUUCAGGCUGGUCGAUUGA